ACCAAUUUGCAAGUCUAAGUACACAAACUGAACUUCCCUACUAACAAUUUUGCUUCUAUAAUGCUUUCAAGAAGCAACAAUUGCAUAUGUAAAGCUUUAUAGAACCAAAAUUAUAUGUCGGGUUACACACACGAUAAACAAUUUUGCUUCUAUAAAGCUUUAUAGAUUGUUGAGCGAGUAACCAUAAUGAUCUAAUAUUAAAAACGUCAAAACCAAUUAAAACUACAUACCUAUAAGUGUAAGUGACAACCAAAUGUCAAAUUGAAUAAGGAAAUCUUAUCAACAACUACUGUCAAACUUAAUUAAAAAAAGCGUGAGGUGAAAUUUAGAUAGAAAAUAAAAUAAAAACAAAGUAGGUAGUAGAAUCAAAAAGUAAGUCCAUUACUUGCCUCCUUUUACCAAAUCCCUUUCUUUAUAUUAGAAGCUUCUAAAACCCAAUCACUAUUUUGACACUUAUCUUACUUAUCCCCAGCUUCAUUUUACUUAACGUUAUUCAAAGAUUCCCUACGCUCAUUCUUCUUCUUGGUGAUAUAUUUUUUGUUUUCCUUACAAUUUCUACUCUUCUUUUUUUUUACUAUUUUGUUUCAUCAGAAGACACAACUACGAACGGCUAAAAGAAUAGCUCGUUUCAAACAGACGAUCACGCAGAAGGAUCACUCUACAAUAUACUUUUUUCUGUUCUGUUUCAGUCAAACAUUUCCCUUUCGUUCGAGUGCAUGUGUGGAAAAAUUUUCUGCGCUCCCCCUAUUCGUGUUAUAUUUGCAUAAAUUCGUAAUACGCGAAAUUGGUUGUAGUUUUUGACGUUUAUCUGUCAAAUGACGGGGUGUAUGAUCGUGUGUGGUGAAUAAAGUGACACAAAAAAAAGGAAUAAACUUAAUAAAUUAUCCCUCAAUGUCUUCUAUUACCUUAUUGCAAAUAUAAUUCGGGAUAAACUCACAUAACCACAAAAAUCAUCAUGGACGAUACACAACAUUUUUGUCUGCGAUGGAAUAAUUACCAAAGUAGUAUCACAUCGGCAUUUGAAAAUCUUCGCGACGAUGAAGAUUUCGUCGAUGUGACAUUAGCAUGCGAUGGGCGCAGCAUUAAGGCUCAUCGGGUGGUCCUAUCAGCAUGCAGUCCAUAUUUUCGUGAAUUGCUAAAAAGCACACCCUGCAAACAUCCAGUUAUUGUUUUACAAGAUGUAAAUUUCUUAGACCUACAUUCACUGGUUGAAUUUAUUUAUCAUGGUGAAGUUAAUGUUCAUCAGAGAUCAUUAAGUUCAUUCUUAAAAACGGCCGAAGUACUUCGAGUGUCCGGUUUAACACAACAGCAAGCAGAGGAAACACAUAGUCAAUUAGCUCAAAUCCAAAAUCUUGCUAACUCCGCCGGUGGACGUACCCCCGUUAAUCAUCAUCCAUCCGUUCAUGAAGACCCACUAUUCCCGCGAAAUACUGGCUCACCACCACCCGGUCCCCCCGGUCACAUCAGUUCUCAAUUAUUUAGACGAGCUGCAGCAGCAGCCUCAUUACGUCGGGACCGGAAUAAUUCAACUCCGUCCGGUGUAGAUGAAUGUACAAUGAAACGUCACCGACCCGACAAUGGCAUUAUACCCAGCAAUAAUAAUAGCCCUGACAUUCGUAGCACAUCUCCACAAUUAACUCCGGCCGAUUUCUCAACGAUUAAGCAUAACAACAACAAUACACCACCGAUUAAGGAUGAGAAACGAAAUGGACCCACAAAUAACGGUAUCUCAGCAAUUGAUAAAGAACAUUUCACACCAUCCCCACGUGCACGGUCUACUGAUGAUGUCAAAUCGGAACCUAUGGAAUUGGUAUGCUCCAAUAAUAACCCAGUGAUGGAUGAACAUAGUAAUGAUUCGACUGGUGAAAAUGAUGCAAAUCGAUCAAGCAGUGGUGAAUGCGGUAAAGGAUCUCUAAGCUCAGGAAAUGAUGAUGAAAUAGAAAACAGUAUACAUACGCAUCAACCACCGCCAUUUCUAAUGUCACCUGCUGAUUCGAAAUUGUUUCCAACGCCUGGAUCAUUUAAUUUCUCCAUGGCAGCGUUAACAGAUCCUGCUACACUAGCAGGUUUUAAUUCACAACUUCAAUCUGCAGCUGAAAUGGCAGUGUCCCCACAAGGUGGAAGCACCAGCCUUAUCGGUGGCGUUAUAGUACCCGGUGGCAAUUCAAAUAGUAGUAACAAUAAUCACCAUCACCACCAUCAUCCCUCCCACCACCACCAACCACAACAACAACAACAACAGCAACCACAAGUACCACCUCCUCAUAGUCAACAUCAUCAACAACAACAACAACAACAUUCUUCGCCGCAUCUUCAUUCCCACCAUAUGCUUCACCAUCAGUCGCACUCAAGCCACCACGAUUCAUCAAAACCUCAACAUCAAAUCGUUGGCUCACAACAACAACAGAUGUCUUCAUCGUCUGGUUCUGGUUCGGUGUCAUCAUCGGCAGCACUACAACAUUUACAUCAUCAUAGUGCAUCACCAAUUGAUUCGUUACAUCAUCAUCCAAUGCAACUGCAUAGACGUUCUUUGUCACCAGGUGGCGGGCAGGGUGGAUUAAGUGGACCAUCUGGAUCAUCGCUGACAUCAGCAACAAGUAAUCGCCUCCUCUUGCCAUUACCAUUGACAGCUUGUCAUCGUUGUGACGUUUGUGGUAAACUUCUUAGCACUAAAUUGACACUUAAACGUCAUAAGGAACAACAGCACUUGCAGCCAUUAAAUAAUGCUGUUUGUAAUUUAUGUCACAAGGUAUUCCGUACCCUAAAUAGUCUCAAUAACCACAAAAGCAUCUACCAUCGAAGACAAAAAAAUCAUCAUUCUUCGUAUUUCCAUAGUAGUAGUUUGCAUCAUUCGUUAACAAAUAGUAAUAAUAAUGUUGCGGGUGGUAGUGUUGUCGGUAAUCGCGGUAGUAGUGCAGCAGAAUUAUUACUAUCACCAAUAACACAGCAGCAGCAUUCGCCAGGUGGCGUUGUUAAACCAUGUAUGGAUUUCUUAUAAGAACAACAUCACUUUCUGAGGCAACUGUUUACAGUGUGCGCCCAAAAAUUUGCCCAGUAAAAUGGAAAAUGAAAAAAAAUAUUCAAUUUUUUAAGAAAAAAAGAAAAUAUAUCUCAAAAUUUGUGUAUGCGCGCGUGUAACAUAUUGAUAAAAAUGCCUCAGAUAGACUGAGAAGUUAAUAGAAAAUACACACACAAACCAAAUGUAAAAAAAAAAUCUUCAUGUAAAUAUUCAAAAAAAACUCUUCAUCUUUAAAAUAGAAAACUUCAUUUUCCAUUUUUAUUAACAGUUUUCGUUUUGUCCGUCUUGGACUGUGUUUAUUUGCUGCUGCUGAUGUUUCUUAUAUUUUUCUGAUCUCUAGAUGCAUUAUUUUAUGUGUAAACUUGAGAAGAAUACCUACCUAAAUGCGAACUGAUAGAAAGAAAAAAGAUAACAAAACAAAAAAAAUAUGAAAAAAAAGAUAUAUAUAUGAUAAAAUGCAAUUUUCUGUGAUUAUUAUUUUGUUAGGCUUUUAUAAAAAAAAAUGUAUAUUUUUGACAGCGAGUUUUUUUUUUUUUUUUGAAUUUUAAAUGAAGAAACGACAAUUCGCAGACUGAUUUAGAUAUGAAUGUUUUAUUGAUAGAAUUUUAAUUUUGUUUCUUCUUGAAAUGAUCUUCUGUUUGAAGAUCUUUCCAUAUUUUUCUCUCCUAGAGUAAUUUUCUUGAAAACGUCAAAGCUUAUAGGAUUAAGAAAAUAAAUUGACUUCUAGUACUUUUUUUUUAUCAAGAGCCAUGUUCUCUUAAGUUUUUAUCCUUAAAUUGCACUAUUGCUUAAUUGUUAUAGUUUUUUUUAUCCUAUUUUGGUUCAUGACGUACAAUACAAAAUACAAGCGCAUCUGACAUUCUCUUUUGGCUAAUUUAAAUUUGUUUAAUGACUUUUGAUGGUCAAAUAGAUAAAAUUUGUGAAAUAUUGUGCAAAAAUGACGUAAUAUUGCAAAUCAUUUUCAUUCUGUGUUUGACUUAAUGUUGCUGAAGUUAUGGCUGACGUGAACUUCUGUCGAUAAUAAAGUUCUCACUGUGUACGAUACAAAAUUGCAUUUGUGCUUUAAGAUGAAAAUGAAAUCAUAUCCUGUUUCGAUCAGCUCACGUGGAUUUGAGAUUUAUGUGGCAAAAUACGUAAGAACUGUCAGAUUGCAAAAAAAAUUGUGUCAAAACAAAAUUCUUGUACAUUAAACGUCAAAAGUUGCAAAUAAUUUUCAUUGUGUCCUUGACUUAAUUAGCUGAACUUUUAAAUAUGGCUGACAUGAUAUAAUGUCAGUAGACAAGUUUCGAUUUAUGCACCGUGCACAAUGGUAAAUGCUAAUUUAUUUUUUUAUUUUUGAAAGUCAAAUUUUAUCCUAUUUUGAUCAUUAUGUCAGAUUUUAAAAGUUUUUGUACAAGGGAAAAAGUGCAUAAAACGUCAAACAUGUGGACUUAAUUUUGCUACAGUAAAGAAUAACAUACACCAACGUCGAUAAUGAAGUUCCGCUGAUGCUUCAUGCACAACUGCAUAAUGCCAUAUUGUUAAAAUGAAAUCAAUAAAUCAGAAAACCAAAUGAAUUCCUGUUUUUCGAAAAAUUAAUUCUACAUAAAAAUUACCUAAAUAAAAGAAAAUUACCCUGUAUAAUUUCAUUAGUUUGAAACGUGCGAUGUUUUCAAAAGUCAAUUGUUUUCUUAUCCUUAAGCAUUAAAAAAAAAGUAUAAUUACUUUUUUUUAUUAAAUAUCCUGCCCUUUCAAAUACUAAUCUUAAAUGGUUAGAUUUUGUCUUAAAUAUAAAUAAAUAAAAAAGAAACUAAUAAAUUUAAGUAAAUCGAAUAUAGAAUAGACUUCCAUGUGCAAUUUUUGUUGACAAUAUAAUGCUUAGGCUUCGUUUAUUGUUUAACUUUUUUCUUUUUUUUUUAUAAUUCACAACUCAUAUAGUUAGUUACCAUUCUGAUUCGUGUAUGAAAAAAUAUAGGUUAAAAGAAAAAACCUUUUCACUUUCAUCAUUAAACAAAAAUGUGUAACAAACCCAUUUAAAAAAAAAAAAAUCACCCCCUCCCUUAAUCGGAAUUAAUGUGUACUCUAAAGUGUAAUAUAUUAUCUACUUAUAAAUAUAUAUAUAUAAUAUAUACACCCUAAACUAUAAGAUAAAAUAUUGUAUAAUAUGCAUAAGUGUU